AUGAGUGGUGAUAGUUCUCGACACUACGAAGUUCCAGAGCUGUAUGAUAAUGAAGGUGUUGCUCUUAUUCUGGAUGACAACAAUUAUGAUGAGCAAUCCAUUCCUCGCAUUAAUUUGGCGAACAGACAUGGUUGCUACAACAUGGACAAUAAUGGCAGUAAUGAGGAAAACGAAGAGAGUAAUGAGGUAAAAAAGGAAAUUAUUGCUGAGAAUGAUAUUAAUAAUGAUAAUAAUAAUAACGAUAAUAAUGACACCGCGACGGAAAUACUAUUAGGUGAGUAUAGACUCCUUAGACGCUCGGCAGAAGCAUUCAUCUACACUACUAGACGUGCCUGUGCAGAAAUGCAAUUAAAAAGACGAAGAAUGGAUCAACGCGAACGUAUUUUACGUCAUCGUGUAGAGGGUUGCGCAGCAGCGGCACAGUCGCCUAUAAUGAAAUUAAACAUUGGUGGUAUGCGUUUUCACGUUCAACGGGAUACAUUAUUACAAUUCCCCAUGACCUUUUUUAAUAUGUUGGAGGAUCCACUCUUUACAAUACAGAAAGAUAAUCAAGGUCAUGUUUUUCUCGAUCGUGAUCCAUGGUUAUUUCGUGAAAUUCUCUUUCUACUUCGUGAGCGUAGACAACGUAUAAUGGAAAUGGCCCAACCACACCAAACAAACGCAUCACCAUCGUUAGUACUUUUAACGCAUAAUGCGACUGCACGUGAUCGACUAACUCAGUUGCCUCCUUUAGAGCGUAAACGAGUAAUUGAGGAGGCGAAAUAUUAUGGAUUGAAUGAAUUGCUUUCAGAUCUUGCGGUGAUACAGUAUCAAUGGCAGAAGUGUGUACUUGUGCCGGUGCCAGCAUCUAGGUAUGGAGUGGCUACUGUAAUGCGGGAUCGUGAACAAGUGAAUGUACGGCCGCCGGAGGCAUGUUGUUUUGCUACGUGUGUGCGAAUGUAUGAUAGUAUUUAUCUUUUUGGGGGAUGUGCAAAUGAUGAUAAGGUGCUGAACUCUUUUUAUCGACUACAGUUGGAGCAAGUGAAGGGGGAGAAAUGCGAUGAUGAGCAUCCAUGGAAGAACCAACAACAACAACAACAACAAAGACAGGAUCGUCGGGGUCAACAACAGAGGCGAUGGGAUGAUGAUGAUGAUGACGACGAUGAUGAUGAAGAGGAAGAGGAAGAGGAAGAAGAAGAAGAAGAUGAUGAUGAUGAAAAUGAUGAUGAAAGUGAGGAAGAGGGAGAACAAAAAGUUAAUGAGAAGGAAUUACAGGCAUUUGGCUUGAGUGAUGCCUCCUGUACGAGACGUUGGCAAAUCACAUAUGAUGUGAUUGAGACUAUUGCAAAAACACCUCGUGCACGACCUGCAACUCCAGGGGCUCGAACAGGACAUGCGAUGGUAUCCCUGCAAGGGCGUUAUUUACUAGUCUUAUACGGUAAUAAUCUCACUCAUCAUUUAAAUAAUGUUUGGGUUUAUCAUGCGGCACGAAAUAAAUGGUCCUUAGUGAAAUUGCGUGGGGAUUGUGUGGAACCACGCUCUGGACACUCCGUAACGGUGAUACGGGAUCGUUUAUAUCUUAUUGGGGGUAAAAAGAUGUUUGCCUCUUGUGGAUUACUUUGUGCUGAAGUGUUUGUUGGUCGAUUUGAUGUAGAUCGGAUGGAAUUAACGUGGACACUUCUCUCAUGUCAACCCCAACAAGGGCAACGACAACGACAACAAACACGAGAACAAGCAGACGAACAAAGAGCCCGAAGAUUUGAACAAAGACAUAACGGUGGUGGUCGUGGUAGUAGUAUGAAUGAAUCCCAAACUCCAUCAUCCUCUGUAUCCCCAUCAAGACAAGGAAUGGGAAAUGAAGAAGAAAUGGAAACAAGAGAAGAGGAGAAUGAAGAAGAAGAAGAAGGUGUCUGUGAUGUCCCUCCAAUGGCUUAUCACGGGGCAGUAGAUUGGAAAGAUCGGUAUAUCAUCACCUUUGGAGGAGUACGUUGGCCACCACUUCUUCAUCAUGAUGGAAGAGUUUUAUUUUGGAAUGCCACUGAUGCGGCAAGAUCAGAAGCAGCAAGAAGACCACCCUACUUGUAUCAAUUCGAUACGGUAGAUCUUAUAUGUAAACGAUUGCGUACAUAUGCAGAAGGGCCAAAUAUUGUUUCUUCAGAUGUUCCUCGUAGUGGACAUUUUGUUGUGCGAUAUAAUGAUGAUGUUUAUGCUAUGGGAUCUUAUAAUGGUCAACAUCGACCACAUCAGAAACUUGAUCUUUUUCAACUCUCUCUACAGACACGAAUAUGGAGAAGGAUAGAAACAACAGUGGCUCCAAAGCAUAGUCCACCGUGCAGAAGAGCAGCCCCAUGUGGUUUGUUGUUACCCCCACCUAAAGAUAAUGGACGUCCAGUGAUAUUAAUGUAUGGUGGUUAUAGUUUGGCCUCUAGGCGAUAUUUCAAUGAUGCCUAUAUUCUUACUCUGUGA